ACCACGUGGUUACUGUUGAUCCGAAACGUAAUUACGUAACACGUCGGCUCAGAUGACGCUACGCACUUCAGGAGUGAGCAACUGCUGUGUUCUGGAAGAAAGUGUUUUAACUUCAGAUUUGGCAUUCCAAAUGGCAGAAGCUGGAGUCUGUGUGCUGCUCUUAUUUUGCUCCCUGUUCUCAGGACUGGUGUAUUACAUAAACUUCUUUUUUGAAAAUGGAGACAAGAUCAAGAUGAAAGAAAGGCCAAAUUUUAUUAUUAUCCUGGCUGAUGAUAUUGGUUGGGGAGACCUCUGGACAAAUGAGUUUGACAAUACUACCCCCUGGCUGAAUAUGUUAAAGGUGGAAGGCAAAAGGUUUACAGACUUCCACUCUCCUGCUUCCACAUGUUCCCCUUCGCGUGCUGCACUGCUGACUGGUAGACACGGCUUACGCAAUGGAGUCACUCACAAUUUUGCAAAGGGGUCUAUUGGAGGACUGCCACUUAAUGAGACAACAUUUGCUCAGCUCCUACAUGAUGCUGGCUAUUACACUGCCAUGAUUGGAAAAUGGCAUCUUGGACACAGUGGACCCUACCAUCCAAUCCACAGAGGUUUUGAAUAUUAUCUUGGUAUUCCAUAUAGUAAUGACAUGGGCUGCACUGAUAAGCCUGGUUUCGACCUGCCCAGCUGUUUCCCAUGUGCACAAAGUAAACACAGUAGCAGGAAAGAUGGAGGAUGUGACACUAAAAUAGCAUUACCUCUUUUCGAAAAUCAGAGUAUAGUUGAACAACCGUUGGAUCUUUGGGAUCUCACAGAAAAAUAUGCUAAAGCAGUAGCCACACAGAUAUUGACUGCAAGGAAUAGGAGGCAGCCUUUCCUGCUGUAUGUGGCUCUGGCCCAUAUGCAUGUUCCUCUGUUCCAUAAUCGCUUCCUGAAUGUGACUGCAAAGGAAGCUUAUUCAGCCAGUCUUCGUGAUAUGGACAGUUUGGUGGGGAGUAUAAAACUUGCAACUGAGGCCUUUAGUAUGAAGAACACACUUAUAUGGUUUACUGGUGAUAAUGGUCCAUGGGAGCAAAAAUGUGAGUUUGCUGGGAGUGUUGGGCCUUUUCUAGGGAAGUGGCAGACCAGCAAAGGUGGAGGCUCAGCCAAGAGGACCACCUGGGAAGGGGGCCAUAGAGUUCCAUCAGUGGUCAUCUGGCCAGGGCAUAUAUCACCUAACACCACCAGCAAUGCCCUGCUGAGUGGUAUGGAUAUCUUUUCAACAAUCCUCUCCUUAGCCGGUGUGGACCCUCCUUCAGACCGUCAUUAUGAUGGCAUUGAUAUAACACACAUCGUGCUCCAUGGAUCUGAUACAGGACAUAAGAGUCUCAUGCAUCCAAACAGUGGGGCAGCAGGGCAGUUUGGAGAUUUACAGACUGUCAGACUGGGACAUUACAAAGCUUUUUACAUUACAGGUGGUGCAGAAGCCUGUGGUGGAGGAAGUGGAAAGCAGGAGCUUCAUGAUCCCCCUUUGAUUUUUAACCUGAACAAGGAUGAAGCAGAAGGGUCACCUCUGGACCCGGCCAGUGAGGAGUAUCAACUUGUCCUCAAGGAAGUGGAGAGAGAGCGUGAGGUGCUGCUAUGGGAUAUUGCAACAGACAAUGUAUCUACUGCAGAUUACACUGUAUCCCAGAGUGCAGUCCCCUGCUGUCAACCACAGAACCCUGCCUGUAGGUGCCAUAGUCCACACUAAACUCUUUGACUUUAUACACAGUUGUUUUUAAGCACAAACUACAUGUUGUUUACAGAAGGGAAGGAAGAGCACAAAGUCAAGAAGUCACGUGCAGAUAGUUUCAAUGUCCCUAAAAGAAUUUACAGCUAGGUAGACUGUAAGUGAGGUGUAAUGUUAGCGUUGCCACCUCAUAGCUCCAGCGUUCCUGGUUCAAUCCUGAACGCAGGUUACUUUUUACUUUCCCUGGGUUCACUUGGGUUUCCUCCGAGUUCUGUGAUGUCUUCCCACUGUCCAAAACAGGCAGGUAGGUGGAUAGGCAUGUGAAUGUUUGUGGUGCCAUACAAUGGACCGACAUCCUAUCUGGUGUGAAUUCUCCCACCUUGCUCCCAGUGUUCCUUGGACAUGCUCUGGACCACGACUUUGACCAAGAUAAAAACAAGAUUAUUUCAGAAGAAUGAAUGAAUGAAAGAUUAAGAUAAAUGUUUUAUGCUGCAUUGCAAUACAAUCUAAUCCCCCAGAAUCAUCUGUUUUAAUAGUGUAUGCAGGUCACAUCUUUUUUUAUAUAAAAUAUUUUUGCAUAAAAACCAUUAUUGAAUUAUAAUAACUGCUGUUAAAGAACUGUUUUAUUCACAUGAUUUUACAUCAGUGUAUAUCUAAAAUUAAAAUGUUAGAAGAGUUUCAUGAGCUCCAGAUGUAACAAAGCUGUCAAAACACCACCGGCGUAGUUUCAUAACAUUUUUUGUUCUUGUUACACAUGGUGCCGGCCCUGUAGGCAUACUGAGUGUGAUUUUGUUUUCUCAAAAUCUCUGCAGGACAGCAACUGUUGAAGAUUGCUAAAAAUUCUAUACUUUGUAGCCCUUCUGGGAAAAUCGUUUGUUAAAAGUAAAGGUCAGUCUCCUCUUCCAUGAUGUGGUUAGAUAAACACUGCCAUUAGUUGAAAUUAAUAUUUUGUGAAUUAGAUAUGUGAAGUACAGAAAAUGUCAGAAUCACAAGUUAUUUUUCUCACCGUUAUUUCUCAUUAGUACAUAUCACUUUCAGAAGCUUGAAGGUCAGUGCAGAUAAGCUUAGCCCAUUUACAUUCUUUUUUUUUCCCCCUUUCUUUUUUUUUUUUUUUUACAGAAUAUUAAAAAUCACAGCAUGAAGAUUCCACAAAGUCAAAAUGAUAAAAUGAAUGUUGAGAGGAAACUGGGUUGUAUCUAGCGUAAUUUAAUUUACUCUUAAACUAAGUGUACUACUGUGUAGUCCACACAAUUAAAACAGAGAAACAAUGUCAAAUGCAGUAAAAUUUUCAAACAGAAUAGUAGUCACAGUUAUGCUCAGAAAUAGUUCAAACAAAACAGUACCCUUUGCUAUUAAUCACUUAUCUGUUACAGUGCUUUCCCUUUCCCUAGAACAGUAUAAGCAGCCUUUUGUAAACCACUGGAAAACAAACAAACAAAAAAUAUUCCCAUAGCUUUAGUGUAACAAUAUGAAAAAAUAAAAAGCUAUGUUGAAUCCAUAUUUACAUCAUGAUUGCACAUUGGUUGGUUUAUUUUUGUUUUGUAUUUGUUAUUCAUUUGUUAUUGAUAAAUUUGAGCCAACACUGGGCAUACAGCAUCAUCAAGUACCAGUGAAUACUUUGUUCGUGUAUCCCCCCCCCGUCGUCAUAUUGAUGUGGUUCUGCUUUGUGCAACAUUCAACUCAGCCAGAGGAACAGAUCUCCUGUAAUAGAUUGUUCCUCUGGCCUCAAUAUUAUAUAACAAGCAUCAGUGAAGUAAACAGUGUACAACAACAAGAGAGAGAGGAAAGUUGUUAUAUCCUAAGAAGCCAAUGUCCUACUUGUACAAAACAUUAGGGGCACAUUACUAUUGUAUUGCAUCGACAAGACAGCCUUAAUUAAUCUGAAUUCAUUAUUCAUUCCAAGUGUCCGUUAAUAUGAGCAUGAAGUAUGAAGGGCACAUGGACUCCUGCUUUACUCUAUGACCUUGAAGUCCCAACAGCAGCAACUAAGAUUUAUCAAGACAGACAAUAUGCUUUCAUGCCUCCACUGUCUAACAUUUGUCUUCCUAAUGUUUGCCUCCCAGAGUAUCUAUAGCAUCUUGUGUUUUGUUGAAGCACUCCGGAAGGUUGUACUCUGCCUUACAGGACCUCCAAAAACUAAAAUGUACACGAUCUUAUGGAUCAUUAAAUAAUUUUAUACUGGAAUGACAACUAAUGGAGUGUCUCCAUCUGUGCAAUUUCUUUCCCCUUUCAUCAAUGAUUGGACAUUCUGUUGGAUGGAGGUUUAUUAAUGGCAGACCGUCCCACUCAAGACACACUACUUCAAACAGCUUCAUAUGGAUCACUGGAUUUAUAAGCACUGAAAUUAUUUUCUAGCCACACCUUAUUAACAACAUAUGGCACUAUUUUGAAGAUUUUCCACUUUUUAAGCCAUGUCUGAAAGUAUUGUGAAGAAAUAUCCUGUGCAGUCAAGAAAUCCAAUAACUCAGAUAUGGAAUACACAUAAUGCACUGUCUAGCACCAUAGCUAGACUAUUUAUAACAGGAUGUAACUAGCAUCAUAGAAUAAAAGCAAAGCAUGCAGUAUACGAAAUAUUUUACUUCACAUUCCCUAUGAAAUUCUUAGCUUUUUACAAUCUUCCAACCUUUAGGUAUCUGUAUUGUGGUUUUCACCAGUUGAAAUAUACUGUACUUUGUCAUCUGCCUGGAAAACCAAACAGCUUUCAGCUGAAAUGAGACACUGACCUACACCAAUCAGGUAACUGGUAUAAAAACAUAUGUAAACAAAAUGAAAUAUCAACUAAUUACAGCUACAAUUACUGGAACAGUUGCAUACAUGCUCAAAGAAGAAAGUUUGUGCUUCUUGCCCCAGUGCAUAUUGAAGACGGUGAUUUAGACAAAGUAAGAAUCAAAUAUUCCAUUUUAAGGGUUCUCAAUUUUCAAAAUCAGGUGAUAGUCACCAUUAAACUUAGAAAGGGUGAAUAGAGAUAACCAAGCACAAAUCACAAAAGUAGUGGGACAACUGAAUUGUUUGGUUAUUUUCAUAAAAAAUCAAAAUCAUCCUUGGUAUGUUUGGCAACAAACGGGGUCUGUAUACAUGAAAGAAAAUAAAAAAACAUAUCCACUAUGAAAUAUGAUGGUGCACUGGAAAGUGAUAACUUGCAGCUGUACUCAUGAUGAUCAUUGUUUCUGAAGGAUGUUUUAGCCCAAAACUUGUUUGCCUCUGCCAUGCUGAAACUAAGCUGUGGAAUAAAUGUUUUAUCUUAUUCAGGGUGUCAGUGAAUCUCAGAAAAUACUCUGAGCAUGUGGCAGGAAAACACCCUGGGCACAAUGCACAGACACAUUUGGAUACUUAUUCAUAUCUAGGGGUAAUUUAGAGUCACAAAUUCACAUAACGACAUGUUUUUGAGAGGUAGGAGGAAAUACUUUACAGGAAGAGGUAAACUAUAAGGAUGCCACUGACUUUAAAAUGCAAAACUAUUGCCUUUAUUUAUUUAACAAUGGGUGCUAAUAGUUAUUGUGUUAAUUUCACUCCACCUGGACCUCCUGUAUAGGGAACACUGAGGAGAAUCUGUUCCAAAGACUGCACAUGCCCCAAUACCCAAAAAGCAUUCUCUUCCUUCAUCUACAUUAAUGAGUGAGAUGGGAUAUCAUCAGAUGAACUCUCAACUAUUAAAAUCAAUGCACAUCAAUUUCAAUGAAAGGUCAGUCACCCAUCUUGCUUUGUACACUCACUGAAAGAGUGAAACAUCUUAAGACUAGAUUCCAAAUUCCAGGAGUUUACAGCUGAGUAGGAAAUCAAACAAAAGAAAAAAAAACAUUACUGAAGUCUCUGGAAGCCGGGACACUAUGAAGCAGGUUUUAAUUUUGCCCCUUGAUAUUUGUUUACUCACUGUUAUAUGUUUCAAUGUCACCUGGUUAUCUUUCCUCUUACUAGUUUAAGGGUGUCCAAAGAUUUGUGUUUCUUUGUGUCUGGGGCACAUGAAUUCAGCUCGAAUGUCUCUUCAGAACGUUCUAUUUUUAUGAUUUGCUGAUUUACCAUUAACACAGGCUCAAACACUGCACCCUUCACUGUACACUUAACAUUAAUUAUGUUUUAAAUUACUUUAGCUUCUUUUAUGCACUCUUUCAGGACUGCCAGAAAGUCUUGAACAAGGCCCCUAACCAUCAACAUCUCAGCUGUAUGCAUAGGUUGUAUUCUACCUCGUUUGUAAAUGUAAACAUGAAUGCAAAAAAAAAGUCCACAUUGUGUCUAUUCAACUAAGCAGAAUCUUUAUGAUUAGACAACAUACUUUGUUCACCACUGGUGACUCAGUGACUUCCACUAGUCAGGUAAUUUGUCCCGACUUGAUCUUGGUUCUCUUUACUAGAUACUAAUGACUGAUGAGCUCACUUGAAACUGUGUUCAGCUUUACCCACAUACAAGCAGUUGUCUGAGAAAGAGUUUGGG